AUGGGCGCCGCGCUCGGAGGCGCGGCGGUCGUCUCGAGCGCGCUCGCGGCGCGCGGCGCGCUCGCGUCCGGCGCGCACGCGCACUCGUUCGAAUGGGCGGGGAUCUUUGAGACUCCGGACGAUGCGUACGUGUGGCAGGCGGAAAAGGUGAAGGACCAGUACGCGGACGCGACCAUGAAGAUGGUCAUCUACGCCGAAACCGCCGCCGGACACGAAGAGCUCGAGGCUCGCGAGGACGCGGGCGAGGCCGCGCUCGAGACGGCGUGCACGACGGUUAAAACGCGAAACAGCGUUUUGACGCCCGGGAGUGGAUGCGUCAAACUUCAAUUUGAUAACGCUUGGCACACGUCGUCGUUUAAGAUUGAUACGACUGGCGUCGCCGCCGUCUCGAUUUUCGCCGAGCACGUUCCCACCGAGUUCGAGCGCGAUACGCACUAUCUCAAGGAUGUCAACGGGGAUGACGUGGAGCCAGUGGCUUCGCUUCCCGAAACGGUGACUACAAAGAAAUCAAAACCGUGGUCCGACGCCAUCGGGGCGGCGAUCAUCGUCAACAUCGUCACGCUUUCCGGCGUCAUCUUUCUCUCUCCGAGCUUCGCGAAGAAGCAGAAAGCGUACCCCGAAUUCGUGAGUUGCAUCAUUAACUCCUUUGCCGCCGGUGCACUUCUUUCGGCUGCGUUCUAUCUGAUGUUGUACGAAGCCACGCAUUUGAUCAAACCCGCCGGUUCGGAUGAGUCGCAACAAACCGCGUGGUGGGCGUCCGCGUCCGUCUUUGGCUUUCUCGUGGCGUACAUCAUCGAUUUGGGCAUCUCCAUCGCGUUCCCUUCUCGUUUAGCCGAGACGAAGACGAUCGACGCGGAGAACGCGAUCAAAGGCGUUCAAGAAGAUUGCGAAACGUGCCACUCGCACAAGUAUCGCGUUCGAAGCGGCAUCAUCCUCGGAGAUUUCAUGCACAACCUCGUGGAUGGCAUCUUCAUCGGAUUCGGUUUCCUGAACUGUGGAAAGACCAUGGGAUGGUCGAUCACCGCCGCGACCGUCUAUCACGAAAUCGCGCAAGAGCUCGCCGACUAUUUGGUACUCACGGAUCCCUUCCAGGGCGAUCUCACGCCGUUUCGCUCGCUGUUCAUGAACUUCAUCUCCGGCGUGAGCGUCAUCCUCGGCGUUCUCAUCAGCGUUGGAUCUGGAAGUAACAACGACUUCUGGCACGGACUUUUGCUCGCCUUUGGCGCUGGAAUCUAUCUACAAAUCGCUGCCGCGGAGUGUAUGCCGCGAGUUUCGGUGAGCGCCACUACGUCUCGUCUUCGCGCGGCGAGCCUCUUGACGUUCGUCGUCGGCGUCGUCGCCGUCAGUCUCGUGCUCCUCAACCACAAGCACUGCACAGCCGGCGGCGGCGGCGGCCACUCGCACGGGCACGCGCACUAA